GCACCGAUUUCUAUCUCCCCGGCUUCAUGCUUUGUUUCCACUCUCUUCGUAUAUUUCUUCUCUCCUCUCGCUCCAUUAACUUCCAAUCUCUGCUUCUUCUGCUUAUUUUCCAAACAUUGCUUCUAUGCUUUCCUGGGAAUCCUCGUCUCAUUCAUUGUUAUUCUCAGUUCCAAGUCCAACUACUUUCUUCCAUUUUCCCAGAGAAUGAGUUCCAUCUCUCUCCUGUUGGAAAUGAAAAUAAGCUUUUCUUGAAAUACCCAUUUGCAUAAAGUUUCAUUAUUGAUUAAUUUCUCGAGUAGUGGAAUCUCGCGGCCUCCAAGAAGGCUUACUUUCUUCUUCUUCUUCUGAGGAAACAGUACAAGGAAGCAAUUAAACGCUUCCGUUUUUCCAGCAAUUCCUGUUUCUGAUUGUCGUUUACCAGAAAAAGGACCUGUCAUUUUCUACCCAUCACGAGAUUUUUCAUUUCUGGAUUCAACAAUGGGGAUGAUUGAAGGAUCAAUCUAGCAAGCUCUUUCUUUUUCUUUUUUUUUUUUUUUUCAGUUUUCCAAUGGCCAAACAACUUCUUUGGUUUCUUUCCUUCCUUUGCUUCUCAGCUUUCUCGCUUUCUUUUGGUUCGGAUGUUGAGAGACAGGCCUUGCUUGAAUUCAAAGGACAGUUGAAAGACCCUUUGAACAUGUUGGAUUCUUGGAAAGAAUCAGAUUCUCCAUGCAAUUUUUCUGGGAUUACCUGCGAUUCCACAUCUGGGAAAGUGACAGAAAUCUCACUUGACAACAAGUCUCUCUCUGGUGAGAUUUCACCAUCCAUUUUUGUUCUUGAGAGCUUGACUACCCUUUGGUUGCCUUAUAAUUUACUUUCUGGGAAGCUUCCUCUUGAGAUUAUUAAUUGCAGCAAUCUUAGAGUAUUGAAUCUAACUGGAAAUCAACUGGUGGGAGUCUUACCUGAUCUUUCUCCCUUGAGAAACUUGGAGUUUCUUGAUUUGGCGUUGAACUACUUCUCCGGCGGAUUUCCGACGUGGUUAGGAAAUUUAACAGGACUGGUUGAGCUUUCUAUCGGGCAAAAUGAAUAUGAUGAAGGUGAAAUCCCUGAGAAUAUUGGAAAUCUGAAGAACUUGACGUUGUUAUUUCUGGCUGAUAGCCAUUUGAGGGGAGAGAUUCCAGAGUCCAUUUUUGAACUAUGGAAGCUUGAAACUCUUGAUAUUUCGAGGAACAAGAUCUCUGGGAAAUUCCCAAAAUCAAUUUCUAAAUUGCAAAAGCUUACAAAAAUUGAGCUUUUUGUCAACAAUUUGACAGGGGAGAUGCCACCGGAGCUCGCAAAUCUCACCCUCUUGAGGGAAAUUGAUAUAUCUUCAAAUCAGAUGUAUGGGAAAUUGCCUGAGAGAAUUGGAAAUUUAAAGUAUCUGAAAGUGUUUCAGUUAUAUGAUAACAACUUCUCUGGAGAACUGCCUGCUGGUUUUGGAGAGAUGCAGCACCUUGAUGGGUUUUCAAUCUAUGGCAACAAUUUUUCUGGGGAAUUCCCAGAAAUUCUAGGCAGAUUCUCACCACUGAACAGUAUUGAUAUUUCUGAUAAUCGAUUUUCAGGUAGUUUUCCAAGGUUUUUGUGUGAAAACAGAAAUUUACAGUACUUGCUGGCAUUAGGAAACAGAUUUUCUGGCGAGUUGCCAGAUUCGUAUGCAAAGUGUAAAUCUUUACUGAGGUUCAGGAUCAAUAAGAACAAACUUUCUGGACAGAUUCCAGAUGGGAUUUGGGCUCUCCCACUUGUCAGCAUACUUGAUUUCAGUGAUAAUGAUUUCAGUGGGCAGAUAUCCCCGAAAAUUGGGUUGUCUACCAGCUUGAAUCAGUUGAUUAUGCAGAACAACAGGUUUUCAGGUCAGCUUCCUUCUGAACUUGGCCAGUUGAGGAAUCUGGAGAAGCUUUCUUUGCAGAAUAACAGCUUCUCUGGUGAAAUGCCUUCUGAAAUCGGUGCUUUGAAGCAAUUAUCUUCCUUGCAUUUGGAAGAAAAUUCAUUAACAGGUUCCAUUCCAUCAAAGCUGAGUGAUUGCAGUAGACUGGUGGACUUGAAUCUUGCUUCUAAUUAUCUGAGUGGUGAAAUCCCACAUGCCUUUUCACUGAUGAGCUCUUUAAACUCUCUGAACCUUUCUCGAAACAAACUUACUGGUUUGAUUCCAGAAGAUUUAGAGAAACUGAAGCUUAGUUCCAUCGAUUUAUCUGGAAACCAAUUCUCAGGAAGAAUUCCAUCAGUUCUUUUGACCAUGGGUGGUGAUAAAGCAUUUCUAGGGAACAUGGAACUUUGUGUGGAUGAGAACUCAAAGAACAUCAUAGAUUCAAAGAUAAAUUUUUGCCCACGAAAGCAGAAUCAGGAACGAUCGUUAGGCAAUAAGUUGGUCUUGUUCUCUAUCAUAAUAUUUGCCUUGGCCAUUGCUUUAGCUGGCUUACUACUUGUUAGGUACAAGAACUUCAAGCAAGGUCAAGUAGACAGUGAAAGUGGUUUGAAUCCAAAAUGGAAACUUGCCUCUUUCGACCAGUUGGAUAUCGAAGCAGAUGAAAUUCGUAAUCUGGAAGAGGAAAAUUUGAUUGGAAAAGGUGGUACGGGGAAAGUAUACCGCUUGGAUUUGAAGAGAAGUGGCUGCACAGUGGCUGUAAAACAACUAUGGAAAGGAGAUGGUCUCAAGCUUUCAGCAGCCGAAAUGGAGAUUUUGGGGAAAAUCAGACAUAGAAAUAUCCUGAAGCUUUAUGCUAGUUUACUCCAAGAAGGAUCAUGUUUUCUGGUGUUUGAAUACAUGGCUAAAGGUAAUCUAUUCAAUGCACUUCACAGAAGGAUUAAAGAUGAUCUGCCUGAAUUGGAUUGGCAUCUGAGGCAUAAAAUAGCUUUGGCUGCUGCUAAAGGAAUUGCAUAUCUGCAUCAUGAUUGCUCGCCACCCAUUAUUCAUAGAGACAUAAAAUCAAGCAACAUUUUACUUGAUGAUGAUUACGAGCCUAAAAUUGCUGAUUUCGGGGUUGCAAAGCUUGCAGAAAUGUCCUGUAAUGGUUGUGAUAGCAGCUCUCUUGCAGGAACUCAUGGAUACAUUGCUCCUGAGAUGGCAUACACCCUAAAAGUCACAGAAAAGAGUGAUGUUUAUAGUUUCGGCGUCGUGCUGCUAGAAUUAAUCACUGGCAGGAGACCUAUUGAUGAAGCAUAUGGUGAAGGGAAAGACAUUGUCUACUGGGUUUGGAAACAUCUGAACGACCGUGAAAAUGUCCUCAAAGUUCUUGACAGCAAGAUUAGAUCUGAAUCUGUCCAAGAGGACAUGAUUAAGGUCUUGAAGAUUGCUAUCCUCUGCACAACUAAGCUUCCAAAUCUGCGACCUAACAUGAGAGAAGUAGUGAAGCUGCUAGUUGAUGCUGAUCCCUGCAAUUUCAAGUCUCUGGGAAGCAAUUCAGAGAAAAACUGAGAAGCUAUUCCUCUGAAUGUUAGUUUGUUCCUAGUUUCAAAGGAUCCAAACUUUCUAAGCAAGUGUUAAACAAAGUUUGGUGAUAUAUAAAUAUAAUUAAAAAGCUGGUUUGCAAAAUGCUUUUUGUUGGUAUGUAGUGAGGAGGUUAUUAGAGUCAUCAUCUUGUGAAUAUGUUAUGUUUUUUUGAAGAAUCUAUUGCUCCAAUAUGCACUUCUUCUGUUUUAUCUGUAAUGUUUGCAAAACAGAGAAUGAUAAUUGAGAGUUUGAGA